AACCAAGUUUGGUGCUGAAGCACACGAUGGACGCGUUCCGGAGCUUGCAAGUCGGCGCGUCGUUCAACACAAAGCGCUUCGAGAAGGACAUCAGCCUGUUCAAGGGCAAGAAUGGUCCCACACGCAAGGGUGCCGUGAAUGCAAACGUAGGCGCGAUCGACUUUUUUGGAUUUGACAAGAAAGCCUCAAGCGUGGCCAAGAAGAUUUUGCCGUCGUCGUCGCCUCGAAAGGACAACAUCGACGUUCCGUUGUGGGCAGGCGCCGGCGAAGUCGUGCCCUCGCAAAAGGAGGGCAGCAAGCAACGCCGAAAGCGCAAACUCACCGAAGAUGCGCUGGCAGAAGCUGCCGUGUCCGAAGAAGACCGCAAAGCAGUGUCCCAGCUGCUCGCGCCAAAGGCAACUAGCAGUCCCAAGGCGAAGACGACCAGAAAGAAAAACAAACGUGAUCGUACCGCGUCCAUGGACUCGAGCGGAACCAGCGUGGGCGAUGCUCAAGCCAUCGACGAGGACGACGAAGAAGUCGAUGGCAUGACUGUCUUUGGCAAGGCGAAUACGGCUGCAACAACGACAUCCGACGUCCAGAACUCCAAGUCCUCCCAUUCGGACGACAUCAAAGCGCUGCGACGCCGACUCAACAUAUAUGUGGAAGGCACGGUAGUGCCAGACCCGAUCUUGGAAUUUGCGCAGAUGAAGACGAACGCAACAGCGCUUAAGGCUGUGGUGCUGCGAAACAUUGAAGAGUCGCAGUACAAGAACCCGACCCCGAUUCAAAUGCAGUCGAUUCCAGCCAUCCUGAAGCAGCGCGACGUGCUUGGGAUUGCCCCAACCGGGUCCGGGAAGACGGCGGCGUUUGCGAUUCCCAUGCUACUCAACCUUGGCGCUCCUGACGUCCGCGGCAUUCGAUCCGUCGUGCUCGUGCCGACGCGUGAGCUGGCGGUUCAAAUACACGCCGAGUUUCAACGCCUGUCCGUGGGUCGCAAAUUUCACAUCGUGUUGCUGUCGAAAGCAAGUGCGGCCACAAUCUCGUCCCAUUCCAAGACCUGCACGGUCAAUUACGACAUUGUAAUUGCCACGCCGCUUCGGUUGGUUCACCUCAUCCACAAGGAAAACGUCACGUUGGACACGGUCGACAUGAUAUGUCUGGACGAAGCCGAUCGGUUGUUCGAGAUGGGGUUUGUCGAGCAAAUCGACGACAUUUUUGCCGCGUGUACGAACCCCAAGAUGCAGCGCAUGAUGUUCAGCGCCACCAUGCUGCAGGGCGUGGAGGAGAUGGCGCAGUCGGUGCUCAAGGACCCCAUCAAGAUUUCGAUCGGGACCAAGAACGCAGGCGCCUCGACGAUCACCCAAAAACUCAUGUUUGUCGGAAAAGAAGAGGGCAAGCUUGUAGCGAUGAAGCAGCUCAUUCAAGAGGGAUUGAAGCUGCCUGUGCUGCUCUUUGUCCAAAACAAGGAUCGAGCCAAGGAACUGUACCAAGAACUCGUGUACGACGGCAUCAACGUCGGCGCCAUCCAUGCCGACCGCACAAAGGAACAGCGCGACAAAGUGAUCAAGGAUUUCCGCACGGGAGUCGUCUGGGUGCUCAUUUGCACGGACUUGAUGAGUCGCGGAAUUGACUUCAAGGGGGUCAACAUGGUCAUCAACUUUGAUUUUCCCCAGAGUGCUGUGAGCUACAUCCAUCGCAUCGGGCGCACGGGGCGCAAUGGCCGGCCCGGGGAGGCGGUCACCUUUUUCACCGAAAACGACAUGGUGUACUUGCGUACGAUUGCAAACGUGAUGAAGUUGUCGGGAUGCGACGUACCACCUUGGAUGCUCAACCUCAAGAAAGCGAGCAUGCGCAAACGGAAGCAGCUUCUCAAGGCACCGCCCGAGCGCCACCGCAUUGAAACAGUCUCUGGAUACGAUUUGCAGAAAGCCAACAAGCGAAGGCUCAUGAGAGCAAAGAAACACGACUCUACAAGCAACGACGAUGCCGCGUAAGCGCCGCUCCCGCACGAACGAAACACCCCAGCGAACGCGCGCGCCUAUCCACGAAACCUGACGGAUGCACCAGCGAGAGCGUCGGCGACGGUGAUGUGCGUCUUGGCAGAGUGUCCAAGUAAACUACUACAUACAUGCACCGUCAUGGUCGAAGGACUUUAGCGAUGUCUCGACUCGGUUGAUGUUUCGCA